AUCUACGAUCAUAGACUACAACGUCGUCCACCCUGUGCCCCAAUCAGAAUCUUAUACUACUACAUGCCUUAAUUCCUACAAUCUUUUCCAUUUCAUUACUGUUAUACGUAUAGAAAGAGAAAGUAGAGAGAGUUAGAGAGAGAAAAUGGUGUCGUACAUGAGCGUGCUGCUGUACGGAGUGGGAGGCAUGGUGGUGGCGGGGAUGGCACUUCUGGUGGCGUUUCAAGAGAAGCUAGUCUACGUGCCGGUCUUGCCUGGUCUCACCAAGUCUUACCCCAUCACGCCCGCUCGUUUGCGUCUCAUGUACGAGGACGUGUGGCUCAGAUCUUCUGACGGUAUCCGUCUUCAUUCUUGGUUCAUCAAGCUCUCCCCUGAUUGCCGAGGCCCAACCAUCCUCUUUUUCCAAGAAAAUGCCGGGAAUAUUGCCCACCGUCUUGAAAUGAUUCGCAUUAUGUUACAGAAAUUGCAAUGCAAUGUUUUUAUGCUUUCCUACAGAGGCUAUGGGGCUAGUGAUGGCUACCCUUCUCAAUAUGGAAUCACUAGGGAUGCUCAGGCUGCACUGGAUCAUCUGAUUCAGAGAACUGAUAUUGACACAUCUAGAAUUGUUGUCUUUGGAAGGUCACUUGGGGGUGCAGUUGGAGCUGUGCUUGCCCAAAACAACCCUGACAAGGUUUCUGCACUGAUAUUGGAGAAUACUUUCACAUCUAUUCUGGACAUGGCUGGUGUCCUACUUCCCUUUCUGAGGUGGUUUAUAGGAGGAAGUGGCUCAAAAGGUCUUAGGGUUCUUAAUGGCCUUGUUCGUUCUCCAUGGAAUACUGUUGACAUAAUUGGUCAGGUGAAACAGCCAAUCAUUUUCCUUUCUGGAUUGCAAGAUGAAAUGGUUCCUCCAUCCCACAUGCAGAUGCUGUAUGCUAAAGCAGCUGCACAUAACAGGCGAUGCAUCUUUGAGGAAUUUCCUACCGGCAUGCAUAUGGACACAUGGCUGGCAGGUGGUGAUCACUAUUGGAGAACUAUUCAGCUGUUUUUGGAACAAAAUGUUCCAGAGAAGAAGGAUGAUGAAUCAUCUCGCGAGGGUAAUGAUUCUGAAGCUAGAUGAAUGGCUGCGAUUGAAGAGCAUAGAGUUGUAAUCAAUUCGACCGGUCGGGAACUCAAACCAAUUUGUACCUUUUUUGAAUUGCAGUGAUUAAAAGCCCUUUGUGAUGGCCAGUUAAGAGCUGCUGCAAUCCCUUCAGGUCUUUUCUUUGGGGAAUAUAAAUUUUUGGCUUACAGAUUUCAGAAGAUGCCCUGAUGUGAAUGCUGCUGUUUGGUAUUCUGCCUGCCUGACUUUGACAUAUGUACCCAUCAACUCUUGACUGCUUCACUUGUAGUAUGAAAUAAUUAGUGAUGCAAAUGCAAAUAUAUAGUUCGAAUUUAUACAUUUGAACUGUUUGUAUCUCCAAUUUGGUGUACUUUUGAAAAUGUUGGCAGGAAUAUAAACAAUUGGGAUUUUGAGUAGUCUUUAGUAUAUUAAUAUAUGAGUUUAUCAAUAUAUGAACGCUGUUUAUUCC